UUUACGUCUGUAUUGCAUAUCAAUUCACUAUUGUAUCGAAUCACCCCAUUCACAUCUACAUCCUCACACACCUCCAUCAAUAUGCGCUCUAUGUUCUACUUCGCUCUGAGCGCCCUCGCGACUCUCGCGACCGCUGCCCAGAACCCCUUCAACGUUCCCGAUGGUGGUUACGAAUUUGAGGCUGGUAGCCCGACCACCCUCAUCUGGGACCCGACCACCAGUGGCUCCGUGACCCUGCGUCUCCAGUGGGGUGCUGUCUUCACCACUACCACCGGCGAUCUCAUUGCCGGGAGCAUUGACAACUCCGGUAACUACACUUGGACUCCUUCUGCCAGUCUUGCCAGCCGGUCCGACUACACCGUCGAGAUCAUCGACGAUGAUGACACUAGCAUUGUCAACUACACCCCGCGUUUCUCGAUUGCCGGUACGACCGGCUCGGUGACCACCAGUGUUGCCUCAUCGACCACGACUUCUGCCGCUUCCAGCACUUCUUCCUCCAGCGGGCAGUCCACCACGAUCAGUGCGACUACUCUGUCUACUGCAACCUCGAGCACUAGCUCUUCCACUUCUUCCGCUUCUUCUUCCACCACCGACUCGGCCUCCACCGCAUCGGCCUCAUCCUCUAAGACUGCCUCGUCUAGCUCUUCGCUUACCGCGAGCUCUAGCUCUUCCAGCGCUACUACGACUACGCUGUCUACGAAUGCCGGUAUGGUCAACCGGGUGUCUAUCGGAAUGAUGGCACUUGUCCUUGGAGCCGUUGCGCUCAUCUAAGCUCAUGACGACGUUCUAUUUGUCCCGUCCGACCGAGGGUGCCAUUCCAAUGGUCGGGUUAGGACACCCUUUUACUUUCUGGUACAUAGAUUUUGAGCGCCUUCUCUACGCCUUCUUGUUCACCCUUUUACACUUCUAACGCCCUCUUUGAACUUUUACUUCGCUUGCCCUGUUGGAUUGUCUGGGGUUGCAUGGAACU